AUGUCUUGUGGCAGUGGAGGACCGCCAUCUUGGACAGCAGCAGGUUCUCAUAGCAGUAAUCAUUCACAAGUGCGCCACUCGAGCAGGGAAGGUAAAAGUUUUGUCAUAUUUUUCUUGGUCUAUAAGUCAACGGCAAAAAAACGAGCCAUCUCUGGUCUUAAGAGUACCCUGGCGAUAUAGCCCUUUGAAGAUCAAAGUAUUUAUACAGGACAUUCACACCUGCUCUUCUGUGUACACUUACUUUUACUCUGCUCUGGCCUCUAUCCUACACAUUUGCCACAUCUUGACAUUGGUUGGGGAAUUGAUCAUUCAUCAAAAUGUUACAGUAAUUGCAAGAGGAAGGUUGUUGUUUAUUGUGUGUCCUAAAAUUACUUUAUCCUCAAUAUAUUACUGCUGACAUUAAAAUGGAUUAAUUUAAAGUGGGUGGUUGUUAAAAAGUCAUUCAUUCAAAUCAAAAUCAUUCAUUCUGCUGAUUGUACAUGUAACAUUGGUAUUGGUCUUGGAUGAAAGCAGAUUUCCCUUUCCUUCUAUCUAAUGAUCUUGAUACCUUAUUGAUUUAAAUAAGCCUAUACAAUAGGUUACCACUUUGAUAUUAAAUUAAGAUCAGAUCAGUCUAAAGUCAAAAGUUAUCAUUUCAUUCAUUUUGAUUUUAGUCAUUCAUCAUCAUUCAUAUUCAUUCAAAGAGCAAUUAAAUGCUUGAUUCAUAUUUAUAAUUUUUUUGAAAGACGAGUGAAAUAAAACAUUAUUUUGUUUGUUUAUCAUAUCCAUGUCAAAAAAUAAUUAUUAAAGAAAGUGCUCCUUAAAUUACCUCACUAACUCCUAAAUGGACCAUGACCAUAUCAUAUCUCAGAUAAAACUUAAAUCUUUUUAUUUUAAAUAAUUAAAUUUGUUUGGUCGAAGUCUAAGUAGUUCAAUAGACAUACGGGUAUACAUAUUGUUGAUAAAAAUAUUUAGGUAUGAUCUCAGUCUCAGUAAAUAUUACAAUCUUAUUUUAAUUAUUACUUAAAUAAAAAUUAUGCUCACUUGUUAUAUCUUAUAUGAUUCAGGUGUUAUGGAAAACAUCCAUGUUGAUCCUCGAAAACAAGAACUACUAGAAGCACGAUUCUUGGGAGGCCGAGUAUGUUAUUAAGCUUAAAAAAAAAUGUUAAGACAACUGAAAAAAUCCACUGUCAUAAGUUAACUUCGAGUAAAUUUAGAGUUCAACUAGGGGAAUAGUUUCGGUCACUGCCUCAGUUAAUCUGUUUAAAUAACUGUGGUUCCUGCAACUGAUAAUGAAAUAAAGAUUUGAAAUAAUUAACUGUAAAUUUUAUUGCUGACAGUACCCGGCUAAUUUUUGUUUAUUUCCAUGGGGAUAUAGUAGCAAUCUGCAUUGAAAUGUCUUCAUCGCUUCAGGCUCAAAACGAGAAUCUUAAAAUUUCAAAUAAAAUUAUUUCAUUCUUAAUUAUCAUUAAAUAAAAUAAAAAUAAAAUGGGAAACAUAUUGGGUAUCCAAAAUAUGAACAAUAAAAUAGUAAAAGGGAGAGAUUUUUCAUUUGUACUAAAUAAUCUUGAAGUGUCAUGCCCCUUUUUGUAGUUGGUUUCUCUGGCCUUUUGUCCUGCAUUUAUUUUAAUGUGUAAAACAAAUGUAUUCAUCCAAUUUAUUUGUAACAUAAAGUCUUUUGAUAUUGGUUUUAGAAAUUUCUUUAUCUUUUAUUUUUACAUUGGGAAGUUAUGUGUACAUUGAACUCUCACCAGUCUAAACGGUGGAAAACCGUAAUGAGAGCUACAUUUAAUUAUCAUAGCCAUAGAUUCUGUAAAAAGAUUUUUUUAUAAAAACAUGUUGCAUUUUCAAGCUGAAUCAAAAGUCAUCAUAAUGAAUAUGUAUCCCUUAUUCCUUUUUUAAAGUUUAUUUCUAUAUACAUACCUUUCCAUCUCAUUCAUUCCUACAAUUUAUUAUUUCGUUACAAAAAUUAAUUUAAUUGUAAUGUCUUAACUAUUUAUAUGAUAUUUUGAAAAAAAUGUUAUUAAAUUUAAAAAGCAUUAGAAAAAUGAGAGGAUUUUAAAAAUUAUGCUAAUGCAGAAUUGCUUGUUCUUGUCAGAUUUCUCCCUUAUUUAAAUUUCAUAUUUUGCUAGCCAUAGUUUGAGUGCUACAUAUUAUUUAAUUUAGACCGUUUCAUUUUGGAUUUGAAGAAGAUUUCUUUUUAGUAGUCUUGAUAGGUUUGCUGUUUAUUUUUAAAAUGUUCUUUUUCAGUUUCAGCCCUUGGUUAUGCCACAGCCCCCACAAGAACAGCAGCAAGACAGCAGUAAUUUAAGUAGUGGUGGUUCAAUAGAUAAAGAAGAUGGAGAGGUAAGACUAAGGGUGAUUGAUUCUCACUUUUUAAAACAAAAAUCUUUAAUUUUAUAAAUGAGUACAUACAUGACAAUAAGUAUUGUUGCCAUGUUGCUACUAUUGCAAUACUAUGUUAUAAAACAUGCCAGGUUUUUCAUAAAUAAUUUGAGUAUCUCAGUUUUAGUGACGAUGUAAUUUUUUACCUAUUAGGGUUUGAUGCAAACACCAGAUAAAGGAAAGGGGAAUGAACGGAAAAGAAAACGUAAAUCUGGUGUAGAGAAUCCAGGAGGUGAGUUUCUAUUAUGUACAUAUUUAAGUGCAAAAAAUAUAAAAUUGUGUAUUAUUAUUUUUACAAUGAUGUCAUGUUGUUUUGACUGCUUUAAUUUUUUUAUAGACUUUAUCUCUUUUCCAGCUACCAAGAGAGCAGAAACUAAUGGAAAGAAAAUAAAUGAGUAUUUCAAGGUAAGGAAUAUGUUGUCUCUAUCAUAUGACACUCAGAUAUUAGCCUCACCACAAUCAUCAAAAUAGCAUUUUUAUUCAAAAUAGUUACUGUGAGAAUUACAGAAAUUUAAAAAUUACCCAUUUUAUUAACAUUAAUUUAAAAACCUUUAAUGGUAGUAAUAAAAUUAACUUGGAUAGAUUUAAUUUAAUUGUGAAAUACAUUUUACAUUGUGAUUAUUGAUAUUUCAUCUAAACAUUUUCUCCGGCUGACACUUGUAAUACUCUUUUUAAAAAGUUAUUUAUAUAUAUUUUUUAAACAUUUCAGCAAAAUCAGUCACCUAGUCGCACUGGACAGCCACAGAACGCAGGAGGUGCUAAGUCACCAUCACCACAAGCAUUUGGAGUAAGUAUUAUUAUUUUGCUUGCCAUGACUGAUUUAAGAUGGUAAAUCACAAAAAAUUGCUGACCUUUUGGCAUCAGCUUUAUUUUGUUUGAUGAACAUUGUAAAUAUGGCGAAACUUACCACAAUUCGUGAGUUCUUUUGAGAAUUCUAUGUUAGUAACUUACAUCCCUGUGGAGCUACGGCCUGCAUUACCACUUCCUUUCACUUAGACUAAACUGAUACUUUUCUUUUCUAUGCUUGGAUUUCCCAGCUGCUGUAGAUCUAUUUUCACAUAAUUCAUCUGUCUAAUCAUAGGUCCGACUUUGAUCCGUUUUUCUCUGGGGUUUUGCUGGUGCACCCUCUUCACUCCUCUGUCAUUUGGCAUUCUUUCUAAGUGUCCCGCCCAGCAUAGCCUGCCCUUUUUUUAUUUCUGCUACUGCUGUGAGAUCCUGAUAUAGUCUGUACAAUUACUGAUUGGUUUGUAUUCUCCAUCCAAAUUAAUCCUUUGUUAGUUCUUAUAUUUUAUGGAGAACUUUCGCUCCCAUGUAGUUUUUCUGCCAUUUUUGUUACAGUCCAAGUUUCACUUGCAUAUGUUACAACUGGUCUGUAUAUAGUUUUCUUUGCUCUUCUUGUAAUGUUUUUACUUUUGAGUUUUUUGUGACUACUGAAGUAUGCCCUCUAUUCAGGCUGAUAUUCUUUCUUUUUUUUCUGUCAGUAAUUCAUUUUUUUCCAUUAAGGAUCUUAGGUAUUUGAAUGCAUUUAAAUUUUCAUCUGUCUCUUCCUCUACUCUUAACUUAGUCAUGUAGUCUCUUUACUUAGUCAUGUAUUUUGUUUUUUUGGUUGUUAACUUCCAGCCUUGCUUGUAGUGUUGCGUCUUCUAAUUCAGUAAAAGCUUUUGAAAUGUUUUUACUACUUUUCCGUAACAGUGCUUUAUCAUCAGCAUAUGUUAGAUACUGAAGGGGUUGGUUAUAGAGAAUGCGUAUUGGUUGUGGGUCUUGGGUUGCCACCAGAAAAUAACUUGUUAUUGUUCAAUAUAUAUGCUUCUUAUAACUCGCUGUAAUGUUAGGUUAAAUAGCAUACAAGACAGUGAGUCUCCUUGUCUUAGGCCUCAUCUAAUAUGAAAUUCCCUUUAAUAUUCUCCCUAAACCUUUACUUUACUUUUUUUGAGUUGUUUAAUGUUAUAUGUAUCAGUCUUGUCAGUUUGUUGGGUAUGCCAAACUCCUGCAGAGUCCCAUAUAGAUAUUUUAUUUUAAUGUUUUCAUUAGGCCAUUUUAUAGUCCACAUAGAGUUGUUGUAUUGGGUGGGAUAAUAUAUUCGUAACAUUUGUCUAAUAGGAAUCUGAUGGUGAAAAUCUGAUAAGUCAUUGAUCUGUUUUAUCUGAAUCCACAUUGGUAGUCACCCAGUAUUUGUUCAGUGUUGUAUUCAUUUGCCAAUUCUUUUUGCAAGUAUUUAGUAUGUGACAUUUAAUGAGGAACUUCCUCCGUAGUUUGUUCAUUGAAGUUUAGACACUUUCUUGUGUAUUGGAGUUAAUUUGGUUUUUCCCAUUCUGUUGGAUUUUUCUCUUCUUGCCAAAUUUUACAAAGUUAUAAGUUUGUGUCUGAGUGUGUAGUUCUCUUCCUCCAUAUUUAAUAAGUUAUGCUGUGAUGUCAUCUCCAUGGGUUUUGUGGUUUUUCAUAGAUUGAUUACUUCAGUAGAUUCUUUCUAAGUUGGGGAGUUGGUUGAUAAUCUUCAUCUUGUCCAUUGUCUGCAUUUAGUAUUCCCUCAAAAUAUUCAGCCCACCUCUCCAGUACUUUACAAUUUUCCGUAAUUAAUUCUGCAUCACUGCUCUGACACAUUUAAGAUGUGGCUUGGUAUCCAUUCCUUUCGUCUUUUAUCUUCUUGCACAUUCCUCAAUUUCCCCUCUCUUGAUAAGUCUUUUCUUUUAGUUAAGCUUUUUCAUAUUCCCUUAUCUUCUUCCUACCCAUUUUUUGUGGCUUUUCCUCUGGGUUCAUUGUAUGUUUUUCACGUAUUUCUGGUUUCCCUUUGUAUUAUGGUUAUUCAUGCCUUGUUCCUUUCUUCAACAGUCACUCUGCAUUCAUUAUCAAACCAGCCUUCUCUACUGUAGUGUUAUGGUUUCUAUGUUUUUAUUUACAACAAUUAAACAUUACAUAAAUAUACACAGAAUACACGUUCUAGAUAAUGUUGAAUUUCUUCUUGCGUCCGGAACACACUGUUCAAUAACACACAAUCUGACUACAGUGUCUCUGCGCAUGCGCGCUGUUUGACCUAGUUGGCUAUCAGGACGGUCCAAUCCGCUAGUCCACUAUAAAAGUUAUUUGCUGAAUCCUUCUACUUAUUCUGCUGAUCUCUUCAUAGCAUUUUUAUCCUACACCACUGUUCAUUGAUGUUGUUUAUUUCCUCUUGUGAUGCUUCUAGUUGUGCUACUACUUCAUUUUGGUAAGCUUUUGCCGUUAAUGAAUCUUUGGUAAGUUUUUGGUAACCAUAUCUUUUUUUUAAUUUGAUUUUGCCCAUUGUGUAUUAUGUUUUUUCCCUCUACUUUUACUUAACCCUUACAAGUAGAAGGUCAGAGUCUGCAUCUGCUCCUCGAUAGCUUCUUUCAUCUAUAGCUUCUUUCAUCUAUAGCUUCUUACGUCUAGUGAUUCUGAUCCAUGCCUCCUAUUUAUUAGAACAGGGACUAAAUGGUUGUGAGUGAUUCCAUCUGGUGAGUUCCAAGUAACUCUAUGUACAUUUGUGUGUGAAAACUUGGUGGUGCUGUCAUCUCUUUUCCUGAGUCAAUGUAUAGGAGUAGGAGCCCAUUGUCAUUGGAUUCUUCAUGUAGACUCUCCUUGCUAAUAGUUGGCAUAAACACUUUCUCUUUUCCUAUUAAUAUUGCAUUUAAGUCACCAAUCAAUAUUUCAAUAUCAUGUCGUGGUACUUCAUCAUAAAUCUUUUCCAAGGUCUCAUAAAAUUUUUCUUUUAUGUGACCUUCUGUAUCUUCGGUGGGAGCAAGAACAUUUAUAAAUGUUUUAGUAAACAUUUUCCCUUGCACACGCAAAGAGCAACAUUUUUCUGGUUUAAAACCUACGACAGUACCGUCAGCUUCUUUCUUAACAGCAAAUCCUGUUACAAGUGUGUUAGUAUUGUUGCCAAUAUAAAAUAUGGUGUAGUCUUUUGUCUUUAGGAUGACUGAAUUUUUCCAUCUAAUUUCUUGCAAUGCAUUAAUAGAGGUUUUAUAUUUAAUAAGUCGAUAGGUCGGCUGAGGCUCAUGCUCUAAACUGGCAGAGUACAUUCCAAUCCAAAAUUCAUGUCUAUAUUCAGACAGAGGUCAAUUUCCAUUAGAAUCAGUCCAGGUUUUAUUUUGUUGUUUGGCUUUUGUAACUUUAAUUUUUUUGCUUGGCUGGGUCAUUAGCUCUGAGCACAACCAUUUGGUGGGCUGUGCCUUACAGCCCCUUAAAUGUAGCUGCCCCCAAACGUAGCUGCCUUAAUUUUCGGGUAAGGUUCCCUAGCCUUUGUGGAUCCCUCCACUUCCUACAAGGCAGUAGGUUUUGAUUUUUAUCUACCCUGGGUAUUUUAUUUCACCAGUUCCCACCAUAUCUGGUGGGCUUCCCCCUUUCCGCCACUUGGGGAGGUGCUCGAUGGAAGAUCAGUAUCUAUGCACGAGCCACACUUGAACCACCAAUUGACACUACCCUCAUUUUCUCUUGGUUUCAAACGUACUUACACAUGAACAGAACUGAAACAAGUCUCAGUAAUAUCUUAAAAACUUUUAAAGCCAGAAAGUUUGCCUAAGAUUAAACUAGUUCCAAAUUAAAAAAUCUUGAUUUUACAUAAUUAUCAUCAAGGGCACUGCAGCCCAUGGAGGAUCUUUCCACUCUGACAGAUGGCCUUUUGUUUCCUCACAUAGAGUCUCUGCUGAUGUAAAUCUAGCUCAUCAUCAUCUAUCCAAAUUAGUCUUGGUCUAUCAGCCUGCCCCUUGUUUUCUAUUUGUACUUGACCCUACUUGCUUUUUAAAAAAAAUUAUUUCUAUCUAUAUUUUAUUUUUUUUAAAUGUACAAAAAAGACUGAUUUAUUUGCAGAACAUUAUUCCACAUUCUCCAAGUAACUCUUCAAACUCAGUAGCAGACGUUAUGAAUACAUCACUUAGACCUUCUCUAUCACUUGGCAUUAAUACAAACGCAAGUGUGAAAAGUGUUCAGGUACGUUAUUUUUGUAUACACGAGAACUUUUAAUAUAUAUUUGUUAAAACUUAUUUUUAAACUUCAUUUUUGUUUCAUGAUUAGUUUGGACAUUGAUUUUUUUAAAUGUCGUGCUGUUUUCACAGUUAAGUAAACAGAAAGUUAUGUUUGUAUCUUUUAAAGUGUUCAUCACAUAUAUUUUUCCAGACUGAAUUUUCAAUGGCUCAUCUUCAAGCUAUGGAAAGCCAAUCAAUGUCUGACAUGGAACAGAAAGAUACACGAAUAGAUGAAUUGAUUAGAGUAAGUGUUUUCUUUAAAUACAAGUUAAAUUUUUUCUGCUAAUAGAUGAAAAUGAGCUCAGAAUUUUCAGAUAAGUGGACAGCAUCAUGAGUGGCAGUACACAAUCAUCCUAGAGGAUAUAUUUUUUAAGCUAAUCUAUGACUGCACUAUGACAUAUUUUGAUAAACAAAACAAAAGUGCGAUCCCAAAACCAGCAUAUUUCAAUUGCUGAAAUACAAAAGUGUUUUAAAAUGAUUACGAUUUUUGUUUAAUGUAAUUAGUGGUAGAAAUUGAAAUAUUUAAUUAAAGAGACAUCUUUGAAUAACAAAAACCUUGCUUCCUGUCAAAAUGAUUCAUUUCUUGAUUUUCAGAGACAUAAUGAUGAACUUUCAUUUGUAUUUGGGGUACUUUGAGAUUUUAUUUAUUCACUGUUGGAUACUUAUUUGUUAACUGAGCUGUAAUUAACACUUCCAUUAAUCAGUUUCCAUAGGUCUUAUUUAUUGUUCUUUAUUUUUCUUUAAUUUUUUUCUACAUAUUCACCAACAUUUCAGUUUCCUUAAACAGAUCAGUUGCAAGAUGUGGAAUUAGUAUUGGUGUAACUAAUUCAUGUUUUUGUUUUGUUUUUCUUUAAUGCUUUUUUUUUUAACAAUAAAAAAGGGAAAUGAGUCAGGGAGUGAUAAAAAAAUUUGUUUGCAGUAAAAUACAGCUUUAGUUAUUUAAGAAGAAAUAUGAAAACUAGAACAAUUAAAGGGACCAACUAAGCCAAGAUCUUAUCUUUACUAGUAGUGUACCCUUGAUUUGUCCUUUUGCUGAUAAUUGGUGCUAGCAUUUUAUUUCCUUGUACAUAUUUAUUUUUGUUGUGUAUAUGGUUGGUUUAUACAGUUAUAUCCUAUGUAUGCAACUGUAUAAGGAUGUUGAGUAACUAAUUGAACUGACCAGAACAUGUAAUAAAUAGUAUAAGUUCAUGACACCCUGUCAUAAUGUUUUAAUUCUGAUAUAAAAGUACAGAUAAGCUACAUAUUGGUAUUUUUGUUAUUAGUGCAGAACCUUAACUCUAAAAAAAAUAGUGUCAAGGAUAGUCUUUAACAAUAUAUGACUAUCGGACUAAAUAUUGCCAGCAGUACAUUUAAAUUUCCCUUUUUUUUUAAGAAUAGGAAGAUGUUCUUUUUUUUAAAAAUUACUUAUAUUCUAAUUCUUUUAGUAGAAAAACUUGCAAAAAAAAAAAAAAGUCUAUUGAUAUUAACACAAGUGAUUGGAAGUUGUAAUAUAAUACAAAUAAAAGAGGCUAAUAAUAGUAAAACUAUUUUGGUAAUAAUUAAAAUUUGUAUUUUUUUUUUUAAAAAUAACUUAAAUUUUAUUUUUUUUAGUAAAAAAAUUUGAAAAAAAAAAAAAGUCUAUUGAUAUUAACACAAGUGAUUGGAAGUUGUAAUAUAAUACAAAUAAAAGAGGCUAAUAAUAGUAAAACUAUUUUGGUAAUAAUUAAAAUUUGUGAGCUUUAUUCAAAUUGUUAUGUCACAGCAUUGCAAAGAUGUUUGUCUUGUCUCUCUGCACCACUUACCAAAUAGCCCAUAAGGUAAACCUGAGCCAGCAAAAACCAAAAAAUUAAUGCUAGAAAGCCAACAUUUUAUGAAUUACUUUGAAUUUAAUAAUAAAAUAGAUAAAAAUAAUUCUUUUCUUGUGCAGCAAAAUGAUGAAUUAAAGCGUCAGUGUACAGCACAGAAUAAGCUUCUGGAAAAACAUAAAGAAAAUUUGCAAAAGUGCUUAGAGGUCAACAAAUCUUUACUGAUUGAAAAGGUGUGAUAUUUUUAAAAAUUUCUUAAAAAUCCUUUCUUUGUCUUGGGGGGGUGGGGGGUGGAUUAUAUCAUAUAUCUUUUCUUUUAAUUUAAUAUUGCAAUCAUGUUUAUAGGGAAAAGCUAAAUUAUUUGGGCACUGUUUUCCAACUUUAAAACCAUGUUACAAAUUGUUAACGUUAUCUUUGGAAAGUAGGUGCUCAUUUGCAUAAGAUUUAUGUAUUGGGGUACUUCUUUCAUUAGAGCACCCUUGAGAAGAAAACCACAAGGCAAAAGUGCAUGGAAAAUAGACUGCGCCUCGGACAAUUUGUGACUCAAAGACAAGGAGCACAAUUUGUUGAAAACUGGGUUGAUGGCUGGGCAUUUCAAGACCUGAUGAAGUAAGAAACACAGUUAGAUGUACAUAAGUAAACUUUCAUGGUAUAAAAUUGUGGGUCAGCAAUUUGUUUGUUCAAAUUUAACAUGAAGAAUUUUGACAUUUAUUCUACAGACAACAAGAAAGAAUAACGGCAGAUAAAGAUGACAUUGAUAAACAGAGGAGAUUGCUUAUAAAGAGGAAACCACCCACCGCUAUAGGAAAAAAUGCAAAGCAUGACAAUUUUCUAAAGCCAGGAGAAAAAUAGUAAGCAGAUCUGAGUGCUGUUCUUUUGUUUACACAAGUUACCAGCUUUUGUUUUAUAUAGUUUUUCAUGGACUGCGUGUAUUUAUGCUGUUUAGGGAAUUAAUUGAUUCAAGUUUCCUAUGAAUUUAUUUGCUGGUGAUAAAAGAUUUCCCUUAUAAUAUCCCAAUAAUCUUAGAUCUUUAUAUUUUAAAGGCAUACAUGUUUAUUAAUUUUUUUGAAAUUUGCUAAUGCUUUGUUUAUGCUACAAUAUCAUUUUACUGUAUUUUAAUUAGCUUAACCCUGGCAGAGUUUUAUGAGCAAGAUGAAAUUUUGAAACUACGGGCAGCUGCAUUAAAAAAAGAAGAUUCAGACCUUCAACUUGAAAUGGAAAAGUUGGAGCGAGAAAGAAAUCUGCAUAUACGAGAACUAAAACGAAUUCAUAAUGAGGAUAAUUCAAGGUAAUUUGUUUGCUUAACACAUUUGUAUCAUUAUUGCAUAAAAAUCAAAUGCAUGGACAUUAGUUUUAUUUUGUGAACAAUUUAUUCCAUUUUUAAUUUUCAGAUUUAAAGAUCAUCCUACUCUGAAUGAUCGUUACCUCCUACUGUGUUUACUAGGAAAAGGUGGAUUUAGUGAGGUUCACAAGGUAAUCUUUUAUGAGACAAAUUUAAUUUUACAUGAUUCUGAAGUUUUAACAUGACAGCUAAAAUUUGUGUCUUCCUAAACAUCUGAAAGUGAUUAAGUUAUUUUGUGUAUUUAAAAAACUAUUAGCUCAGUGUUGUUUUUUUUUUUUUUUUUUUUUUACUUUGCUUUCAUUUUUGUUCAUGUUUUUUGCGACUAAAUUUCUCUUAAGUAGAGCCUUUGUAUACAAUGGUUAAUGUGGAAAGUGAAAGGGUUAAAGGGAGAUUUUUUUUUUUUUUUAAAAUAUUUUUUGUUUUUUUUUUUUUUUUUUUUUUUUUUUUUUUUACUUUGCUGUCAUUUUUGUUCAUGUUUUUUGCGACUAAAUUUCUCUUAAGUAGAGCCUAUGUAUACAAUGGUUAAUGUGGAAAGUGAAAGGGUUAAAGGGAGAGUUGGUCGGGAUAGAGCUUAGAGACUUAAUGGGACUGGAGAAGGAUUUGAUGGAAAGAAUUUUGUUAGUUUGGCUUUGGGUCAUAUAGUGUUGCUUAUAAUGUUUUUGUGGUGUAGUAUUUUAAUUUCAUAUAUUAAUGCACUAACCCUCCUUUAAUGCAAUAAUGAUGGUCUAUAAAAUGAACAUUGCAUACAUUUCAGGGAUUUAGAAUAUUUUUUAAAGUAGGAAGAUAAGUGUUUGUGUUUAUUUGAAGAUAGGGGAUUUUUUUUAGUGACCUGUGUUGUGUUUUGGUCAUAUAGUGUUGCUAAUAAUGUUUUUUCCCAUUGAAUUUUUAUUUUAAGUCAUAAGAUUUUAAAAAUGCCCUUUGAGUUUUAGAACCCUACGGCAUAUUCUUAAUCAUAAAUAUUGCAUUUGUUACUUAACUUUUUCACAUGAAUGUUGUUGUGGUGUAGUAUUUUAAUUUCAUAAUAUUAAUACACUAACCCUCCUUUAAUGCAAUAAUGAUGGUCAAUAAAAUAAACAUUGCAUACAUUUCAGGGACUUAGAAUAUUUUUUAAAGUAGGAAGAUAGGUGAUUUUGUGGUUAUUUGAAGAUCGGGGAUUUUGUUUUUAGUGACCUAUGUGGUGUUCAAGUAGGACAAAGUUUAGUGGAUUUGUGAUUGUCUUGUACAAGAUUAUUAUUAUUUUGUAAUUUUUUUUUUCACAUACUUUAAAUAAAAAUAAUCUGGAGCCACAGGCACAAUAGUAUAACCAAAUUCACAUUUUAAUGGGGCACAUUAUAGCAGGGGUCCAAUGUGUUGUCAUAAAAUUCUUAAAUAAUUCCAGUCUGUAGUUAACCAUAUAAAUUUAUUUUGUUUUUUACAGGGCUUUGACUUGAAAGAACAGCGCUAUGUAGCCUGCAAAAUUCACCAACUUAACCGUGAAUGGAAAGAGGAUAAAAAAGCAAAUUAUAUUAAGUAAGAAUUAGUGUUUGUAAAAAAAAAAUGUUUUUCCUAGUUAAAAUGUUUUUAUGUCUCUUAAUCAAUAUUGAACAUAGGCUUGUGACUAUUUCUAGAAAAAUGCCUUUUAAUUUUAUUAUGAAUUUAAAAAUUAAUUUAUUCACUAUUUCUUUUUUUUUUUUUUUCCACAGGCAUGCUUUACGAGAGUAUAACAUUCAUAAAACAUUGGAUCACCCUCGUAUUGUGAAACUUUUUGAUGUGUUCGAAAUAGAUAACAAUUCGUAAGUGAUGGUACUUGCUUUUUGGAAUUUAUAUAUAUUAUAUUAAUUGCUCAGAGAUUGUAACCUUUUGGAACAUUUUAAAACUUUAAUUUGUGCAUGUCUUAAAAGCUUGAAAUUGUUUUAAAAUUUUCUUUUCAGAUUUUGUACAGUCUUAGAAUAUCAGAAAGGAAAUGACCUUGACUUUUACUUAAAACAAAACAAGAGCAUUCCAGAAAAGGAAGCGCGGUCGAUCAUUAGUCAGACGGUCAGCGCCCUUCGUUAUCUCAAUGAGAUUAAACCACCUGUGAUACACUAUGAUCUUAAGCCUGGUAUGUUGCUUAGUAAUUAAGUUAUUAUUGAAGAAGAAAACAUUGUAAAGAUCACUCACUAGUCACUUACUGUUCUAGUCUCUCUUGUUUUCAUUUUUAUUUUACUUUAGCAGUUUAAAUAGUUUACAUAUUUUAAAAAAUUGUAAAGCGCUUAGAGCUGUAAGGUAAGCCCUAUACAAAUAUGCCGAAAUAAAUAAAUCACUAGGAAAUAGAUCUAGUUUUUUAAGAUCUCCAAUGAAGAGCAUUUGAAUGAAUCUUAUUGUUUUUUAGAAUUAACAAAUUUUAAAAUGGCUUAAAAUAAAUUCUGUCCUGGAAAAACUAGGAAAUUUUAAAAUUAUUUUCUUUGUAGGCAACAUUUUGCUAGGCAGUGGAUCAGUUAGUGGCGAAAUAAAGAUUACAGAUUUCGGUCUCAGUAAGGUUAUGGAUGAAAGCAAUUUUCAUCCAGAAGUUGGUAUGGACCUUACAUCACAAGGAGCUGGAACUUACUGGUGAGUUACUUUUAAGGAAAACUGAAAUGAAGUAGAGCUAUACUAAAAAUCUCUUGUCAGGUUGAUCGCAUGACCUACAAGCGUGAGCCAAAUUACACAAAAGCCAUGUGGUGCCCUUGCUUUUAGAAUAGGCUUUCAUCUCAAAUAAUGUAAUUUAUUUCCUCAAAGAAAAUUUUGUUAUUGAGGUAAAAUCAUUUGAACUUGUUUUAAAGACAAUUUUUUGUUACAUCCUUGGGUGUAGUUUCUUUAUUAUUUGCACUUUCUCUCAUGAGUGGUUUAUAAGGCUGAUCCUGGUGUGGCAGUCUCUGCUGCACAUCUUGCAGGAGAACCUUGUCUGCUCAUUUUCUUUAGCCUUAUGUUUUUCCCAUUUUGCUACAAGGGCUUUGUUACCUGCAUAUUCUGCCUGUUGGAUUCCCAUAUUCACUGCAGUAGCCACCCUGAGCAGUAAUCAGCUAUACUCUCCCAUUUGCCAAUUUAAAUUUGACUUCUCUUUCUGUCUUCAUAACUCAGCUACGGUCACCUAGUGUAUCUAGCCCCCGUUUCUUAUCUCCAUACUAAAGGUCCUUUGGAAUACAGCUUUUUCCCAUUCUCUUUACACAGCCUAACCAUCAAAAGCAAUAUGGCUGUUCCAGACCUGUUUACUCUUACGAUUUUGGGAUGUCGUACGAUUGUACACCAAGACCUAUUAAGACUACGAUUUUAAGAGACUGGGUUGAAAAUAUAUACAUUCCGGUAGCUUUUCUGAUAAAAAAAAAUAUAAUUAAGAAGUACAUUUUGGUUGUUAGUUUGAACUUGCAUUUGCAUUCUACAUUCAGCAAUGGAUCAAGAAAUACGAUUGGUAGGGGACCAUCUAUAAUUAUAUUAUGUUUGCCCUGAGAGGGGAAUGGGGGGGGGUGAUUUAGGAGAAUUUGUGUACCGGUAGGGGGAGGGGAGUCUAAAUAUUUAAGUAAAUUAAAUUAACACCGCCACAUUUUUGAAAUGCUAGUGGUAAUGCUUGCUAGACAAGGAACAGUAAUAUUAGCAUAGUGGCCCUAGUGACUAUUGUAGUCAAUGCGGGGCCAUCUUUAUGCACUGGGAUGGAAGGGAAGGUGUAGAUUAUUUAGCUUUUGCCGGGGGGGGCCUCGGCUGAAAGUACAUACGUAAUUUUAAAAAUUUAUAAGGUAAAAUUAUAUGAGUAUAUAAUAUUCAUCCUGGAACUCAGAAAGUCCAAAACAAAGCAUAGACUUUAUCUCGAAUGCUGUAAAAAUAUAAUGCAAAGUUUUAAAGAAUUAUCAUCAUAAUGUUGCCAUAUAUUUUCACAAAUCAACUCGCUAGAUAUGCUCAAAUGGUACCAAGUAGUAGAGGUAUUACAGCAAUAUCUAGUCCCUGUAUGUCCAACGUGCAUGUGAUGCUCAUUUCUUUGGGGCUAUGUCAGUGGUUCCAAAAUGUUUGUUUCCUAGAACCUGUGCCAAAUUCAGGCCCAUUCAGGUUAAAAUUUAUAGACAAAGUAAAAUAUAACACAUAUGUAGGUCACUUGGCGCCAUAUAUGAACUGCAAACAUUAGUUACUCAAAGUGAGUUACUGUUUGCACCACGACAGCUAGAUGUCGCAUCGGAUUAAAGUGGAAAUAAUAUGAUGAAAAUUGUGUAAUAUUUUCAAUGCCCCUGUGAGCACGCCGCAGCAACCCUUAUAGAGAAGAGGUGGGGGUGUAAAAAAAAAGUCUGCAUACGGGGGACUGGACUUUUUUUGCAUUUGUGCCAUAUAGAUGGCUCCUGGCUCGCCUUUGUUUGUUUCUGUGCUGUAUGACAUAAUUUUGUGACAAUUAUUUCUUACGGUUGAACGGCGAGUAUACAGAAAUAGAGAAAACUUGAGGAUGGAUUCUUGACUGUUCGCACAUCAACAUUAGUAGAUUUUGACCUAAUUAAUAGGAUCUGAGAGGGCCCCUGUAAAUCUAGUUUUAUAACGCACAAAACAGCUGUAUGAUUUUAAAUACCCCCUUCUUCCUGUCACCCAUUUACAGUUUUUGUAGUUAUCAGACUGUAAUGUUACUGGGAAAUGUACAUACUGGAUAUUGAUUUUUAAAUAUUUUUUUUAAAUCGCUUUCCUAAAAAAUAAAUCUCAAGUUACUUGGUAGGUUGUUUUUUAGUUUUUUUUUGAGGCGCCCAUAUUUAAUUUUUAUUUUAAUAAAUUUUAUUUUAUGCUUAUCGGACUUUGAGUUUGAACCACGUUAAAUUUCACCAGAAACUUUAUUUUUACCAGUGACAGACUAGGAUAAUGUGAUCUGCACGUUCAUCUAAAUAUAGCAGAUAUAUGUCUGCAAAACAAUAAACGUCAGUCAUCUACUUUUAGAAUUAAACUUUUAGACCCCAGCUUAACUCGCUCCUUCUAGGCAUGCAAUGCAAGUAUUUAUUGUAUACAUUAUAUACACUAUAUGUUUGUUUUUUUACUAUUAAGAUACUUUAUUGUACGAUUUAGAGACGAUCUUGUACGAUUGUAGGAGUACGGGGGUUUACUGGCCUGGGGUUCUCAUUUCUUAAAAUAAAUGAUUCUCAAUGAGGUGAUACACAGAGAUGUAACAUAAAAGACAGUUUGAAAAACCCCUGUAAUAUUUUUAUUUGAAGAAAAUUGUGAUUGCUUUUAUAGAGUGGAAAGAAGUAAUAAUCCAGUGUCCUAUGGCAUUGGGAUAUAUAGGGUAGAGCCAUUUUGCACCACAGAGCAGUUAAAAAUCUCAGCUUUAAGGUAAGCUGGGAUUGUCAACCAGUUACUACAGUAAGGAAUUUACAUUACCUAAAUUUAGGUGAUUAAUAUGUUGAAAAAUAUAUUGUUUUUGAGUGGUUAUUUAAGGACUACCAUGCGUGCUUACUUAUACAUGUGAUCACAAAUAACAAAGGGACUAUUCAUUGACUUACUUUAGGACUGUUUUAAUGUGAUUCUUGGUGCAACAAUAGGUUUGAGCAAAUUUUGGUUUGCCGGUGUUAAUAUAACAAAACUGGUUUUUUAAAUGUGUUUGCAAAUCUGUUACAUAUAGCAGGCUUCUAGUGUGACUCUUGGACAGCUUCCAUUUUGGGCUGCUUCCUAACAAGCUGGCUGUUUCCUAUUCAGCGUAUUUGGUAUUGAGAGUAUAUUAAAAAUAAUUCUAUAUGUUUGAAAGAAAGUAUGGUUCAAUAAUGAGUUCAAUAGCACACAAAAGGUAAUUCCAGAUAACUACGCUAAAUGAUAUAUUUUUAAAAAAUAACGCAACUGCCUUUCGUGCGCAAUAAUUUCUUUUCCGAAAAUGAAAUUGCCUCAGUUUAGGCUGUGGCUAUUCGGACCCAGCUCCGUUAAAUGAGAGUUUGGGUUUAUUAAAAAAAUAUUUACAAAUUAUUGUCGGGUUUGUAAGACAAAAUUUGGUAUCAAAUGAAAGAUAAUUGAAUGGACUAUUCUAUACUACCAAAAAUGACAUCCAAAUAGCAUUUAGUCUAAAUGGAACCGGAAAUGCAUCGCCACUAAUUGGACCCGGAUCCCAUUAGACUAAAUGCUAUUCGGAUGCCAUUUGUGGUAGUUUAUUUUAGUUAAACCGAAGAAGUAAGUUUACAAACAUAUAGUCCAUUCAAUUAUCUUUCAUUUGAUACCAAAUUUUGUCUUACAACCUACGAUAAUUUAAAAAAAAAUUUUUUAAUCCCAACCUCUCACUUCUCUGACCCGGGUCCGAAUAGCCACUGCGCUCAAUUUAAGUAUGGUGUAAAAAAUAGUCGGUUUCAAAAGUUGUUGGGACAUCAAAAUAUUUAAUAUUGUUCAUGGGCGUGAAAUAAAAAGUGUGCAGUGACGUAUCAUAGGGGGAUUAGGUGUAGCAAAUAUUGUGAUUCUUAAAUGUGCAUUGACGCAUUGCUGUCGCCAAUGUUUGGCGGGCUAUAUCUAGUUUACUAUGUAUAUUUCAUGGAUUAAGAUGAACAUUAUAAUAAAAUAAUUUUUGUUAUUUGAAAACAUGAAUUUGUUCUGGUAUUUUAAAUAUUUUCAGCCAAUCUACUUUUUUAUUUUAGGUACUUGCCACCUGAAUGUUUUGUGGUUGGUAAAACGCCGCCCAAGAUUUCUUCCAAAGUUGACGUUUGGUCAGUGGGCGUCAUCUUUUACCAAUGUUUAUAUGGUAAAAAGGUCAGUGCUACAAAUACUUUUCUUUGUUAUAAGACAUGAGGGGUCAAACAUAUGCUAUGUAACACUGAGUUUUGGAUUGUGUUUUGUAGACUUAGAUUAUGUAUUCUGGUGUGUUUAUUCCUGGGGGAGGGAGGGGGCAGAACUGUUCCUAUAUACAUAUAUGCAAUAAUUAUUCUUAAAAUUCUGGGUCUAUAAAUAGCCUAUUUAUUUCUCUAAUAUAUAGCGUUCACCUAGAUAUGAGCAUUACCAAGGGAAUUUUAAAAUGAUAAUUAAACAACCCCUAAAAACAAAGGUUUUCUUAUAAAUUCUUUAUAUGCAUUUUUUAUUAUUUUUUAAAAUGUUAAUAUUUCAAUGUCCCACCUGCUUUUACACCACAGAUUUCUUUCGCCAACUAUUUCAGAAUCACAGAAGAAAAUAUUAUGCACAAAAACACACUUAUAUUUUUUAAAAGAAUCUCAUUUAUCACAGUUAUCUUGAAUUUUAUUUCAUGAAAUUAGUAGGAUCAUAUUUCCUUCAUUUUCCCCUUGUAAAACAGGAAAACUGGUUUUUUGGGGGUUGAGGCUGAAAAUUUGAUAGAAUGUGUUGUCAUAUGCAGCGAGUCUGUGCCAAGUUUCAGCUUGAUAGGUUGACAGGAAGUGGGUCAAUCAGCCGUCCGAGAUUUUGCCCUAGGCAAAGUUAAUAUAAAGAAUUUAAAUACAAUGUUUAAACUGUCAUUUUCCUGAUGUGCUUAAUAAUUUUCUAACAUUUUUUUUUCUUUGUAUAUUUCCAAAGCCUUUUGGCCACAAUCUGUCUCAAGCGGCAAUUUUAGAAGAAAACACUAUAUUAAAAGCCACAGAAGUGGAAUUUGCUUCUAAACCCCCAGUUACUCAGGAGGCAAAGGUAAACCUAUUUUAUUGUAAUAAAUCUGAAUAUUUAUAAAAAAAAUAAUUAAUUUAAAGAAAAACAUAAUUUGGUUGCAAAUAGAACAAAAAAUCUUUUGAUUUUACAAUUUGUUGCAGCAUUAUUAAAAAAAACAACUUAAAUAUGCAUUUGUAUGAAAAUUAAUUUCCAUUGUGGCAGUAAAUUACACAUACCAGUACUCAGUCAUAUUCUUAUUGCACAUUUGAUUGCCGGUCAAUUUGAUUACCAAUAAUUUCAAAGCUUGUACUAGAAUAUAAAUGCUGUCAUAUCCUACCAUUGUUCAGUCAUUCAAAUGCCGUCAUGUCCUACCAUUGUUCAGUCAUUCAAAUUUUAAAAUUUGAAUUGCUCUAUGACAUAGGGAGGGCUUUAAGGGUGAUUAUUCUGGUUUUAAUAACAUUGGUUUUAUUAAAAGGUCCUAUGGUUUCUUAAAAAAUAUAUGACCAUCUCCUGGGGGCUGCUAGCUGAAUACUAGAACAGUUUGAGCUUGUGUUUAAAUAAUAAAAGUUCAGUUACACAUUUCUAAUUAAUUUAUAAAGCCACUCUAAUUUUCUUAAACUUUAAUGAAUUUUAAAAGUGUAAAGUUUAUUAAUUUCCUAAUACAGCUAUAUAAAUUCAUUAUUAAUGAUUUUAUCUAAAACGUACUUUCUAGAAUUUCAUCAGACGUUGUUUGCAAUAUAAAAAAGAAAUGAGACCAGAUGUAUUGCAACUAGCUGCUGAUGAUUACCUCAAGCCUGCACAGCUUAAAUCUAAGUAAACAUUUUAAAAAAAUAUUUUGGUUGAUUAAUCAAUGGUUUUUUAUCAUAUACGCUUCUUUAAACCACAGAUUUCAAUUAUUCAAUUUUGUUCAAAAAGUCGAUCAUGUAAUAGUUCUAAGUGUAACCCAAAUAGAUUACACUGUAUUUAAAAAAAUCAUCUUAACAUUACAUUAGACUAUUCACUACUUGAUGGUAUGAUUAUCUACAUAAAAUGUACAGAUAUUAGUUUGUUAUCCUGUAUUUGAAAGAUUUAUAUUGAUAGAUUGUUAAUUCUAUAUGAUGUCAUUCUUUUGACAGAAAUAUGACAGAGGGAAGUGUGUACUCCAACCAGGGACCUCUCCCAGUCAACACAGUUGGAAGUGGUUCAAAUGUUGCAGUGGUGACCCCUAAUAUGACUUCAGCUACUACCAAUUCUCACAGCGCCUCUCAGAACCCUUCUUUCAGCUUUGCAGACAAGUUCUCCUAGUCAUUAUUAUUUGAUUUUUUUUUAAAGGUUAUCUUUUUUUCAAAUUGGACAACUUACAGCAGUUUGGUGCUGAAGGAUACAAUUUCUACAAAAACUUAAGUUUUCUGGAAAGCAAGAUCGGAAUAAAGUGAUGCUGUCUGUGACAGUGUGUGACACUAAAACUAAAAUGUUGGACCAUACCAUGUUCUUGUAUUUGUUGACACUCUUGUGCAGGACUACAAACAUUCAUAAACAUCAGGUUUCUAUCUAAAAAUUAAGUGAUCAGACUAAGUCAAUUUCUUUGCAGAAAUUGUGGGCAUUUAUUGUAUUUGAAUGUGACAGGAAGUUGUGGAAUUAGGUAUUUCCCCCAUCAUUUUAAUAUUCUCCUUUUGAGAUGGUCAGCUUACAGGAAGUUAUUCAAGUAUCUUCAAAAAUGUGUGCAC